UUUUUUCACUUUAAAUUAAGACUGACCAAAACUUCACCCCCAACACACACCAAACCCACGAGAAAAUAGAGAUGGAGAGAAGCUUGUUUUACAAAGAUGUGGUGCCAUUCGCCGCCAUGAUUGCGGCGGAAUGCGCCACCGUUGGCUCCAACACAGGCUUCAAAGCCGCCACAGCUAGAGGCAUCAGCUACUAUGUCUUCACCCUCUAUGUUUGUAUCAUCGCCGCCACCACCCUCGUCCCGUUCGCCAUAAUCUUUCAUAAGUCGCCAGAGCUUCCUCCCAACAAGAUUUCCUUUUUCUUCAAAAUCGUCUGCCUCUCUGCACUCGGACUUUCGUGCCAGUUGCUUGGAAACAAAGGACUUGAAUACAGCUCACCAACUCUUUCAUCGGCCAUUAGCAACCUAAUUCCAGCUUUCACUUUCAUUAUGGCUGUCUUUUUUAGGAUGGAAAAGAUAGAUAUGAAAAGAAGCAGCAGCAUAGUGAAAAUAGUGGGGUCGGCAGUGUCCAUAUCAGGUGCUUUGGUAGUGGUUUUGUACAAAGGCCCAAUUGUCAUAUCAAACCCAUAUUCUCAUGGCCCAAAAGAAUUGGGCCUUUAUCAAAAUCCCCCUUUGGGCUCUUCACAUCCACAGCCCAAUUGGAUAAUGGGUGGCCUUUGUUUUGUUUUUCAAUACCUUUCCAACUCCUUUUGGUACAUUCUUCAGACCCAAAUCAUAAAAAUUUACCCAGAUGAGGUAAGUGUGGUGGCAGUAUACUACGUUAUCCAGGCAGUUUUAACAGCGCCAAUUUGUUUGAUAGCAGAAACAGAAAUCAGCGGUUGGAAGCUAACAAAUCCAAUCAGUUUUCUAUUAAUUUUGAACUCGGGUUUGAUGGGGCAGUCUUUUGUGGCUGCCAUCCACACAUGGGGACUAAACUUGAAGGGCCCUGUUUAUGUGUCUAGUUUUAGGCCAUUGUCCAUUGCUAUUGCUGCUGCUAUGGGUGCCAUUCUCCUGGGUGAUGAUCUUCAUCUUGGAAGCAUAAUUGGAGCAAUCAUAAUAUCAAUUGGAUUCUAUGGCAUAUUGUGGGGAAAAGCAAAAGAAGAAGAAUGGAAGGAAUUAGAAGGUGUUUGUGGAUUGGAAUCUUCAUCCAAAGCUCCAUUGCUGCAAUAUUAUAGAGUUGAAGAUGCAUAAACAUUGAUGUAUUCAUUUCAAAUAUCAUUCAGAAUUUAAAUGUAAAGAAUUUUUAGUCUAUGGUGAAAACAUAUUGGGAAAUUAUUCACAUGCCCAAAUAAGUGAAUGUAUAUUUAUAAAAUCAAUUUAGUUUUGUUUAUUA